AUGGCAAUUCAUAUUAUUGCUGAAGCUCUAAGUAAGGGAAUACCAGGCAUCUCGAACAAGUGGAAGAUUCUGUGGUUUGCUUUGUGUUUCACAUUAAUUGGCAUAGUAAAAUGGUUCUCUACAGGAAUUUCCAAUACUUCUGAGCGAAAGUUACAUGGAAAAAUAAUAAUGAUUACUGGAGGAACCUCAGGUAUAGGUGCUGCAGCUGUUCUUAGCUUAGCACAGCGUGGGGCACAAAUUAUUCUUUUGGUUCAUCAACCCCCCAAUGACUUAUUUUUAAUCGAUUUCAUUGGGGAUCUGAGAGAAAAGAGCGGAAAUGAGUUGAUUUAUGCUGAGCAAGUAGAUCUAUCAUCCCUCUACAGUAUUCGAAAGUUUGCCACGAAGUGGAUUGAUAACGCGCCACCACGCCGUCUUGAUAUGAUCAUUUUAUGCGCUGCAACCCUCACCCCACCUGGAAAGCAGCGAACACUCACCGAAGAGGGUCUGGAAGAGAUGUGGAUGGUCAAUUAUCUUUGCAACUAUCAUUUACUCAGCAUCCUGAGUCCUGCAAUUCGCGCACAGCCGCCAGAUCGCGACGUAAGAAUUAUCUUUACCACCUGCUCCAGCUAUAGCAGCUCACCACCCAUCAAAGACUAUCCAACGUUUCUCAAAAACUGGGCACCAAGUAAAUCGUAUGCUCAGAGUAAAUUGGCUUUGACUAUAUUUGCUCAAUCAUUUCAGAAGCAUUUAAGCGCUUACCAGAGACCAGAUGGUGCACCUAUGAAUGCACGCGUAAUAAUAGUAAAUCCAGGAUAUACUCGGACCCCUGGAAUGCGAAGAUGGCUCAGUCGAGGCACUUUCUGGGGACUUGGAAUGUACAUUGUGCUCUGGGAGUUCGCAUGGCUAUUUUUGAAAUGUUCUGAAGAUGGUGCUCAAAGCCUCCUUUAUGCAGCUAUGGAAGCUUCACUCUCUAGGGGCCCAGGCGGCAAAUUUAUAAAGGAGUGUAAGGAAGUAAAACCUGAGAGAAGUGAACUUACUGACGAUGCUGCCGGCAAAAAAUUAUGGGAAGGCAGCGAAAUUUUAGUAGAAGCCACAGAAAAGAAAAUUUUGGCCAAGCAGAGCUCAAAGAAAAAGAUGAAAAAAAAAGAAAUCGACAGUAUGAAAGGCUUUUGUAGCACCUAG